GCUGCCCAUCGCCAUGCCGCCCAGACGCCCUGCGAAGCUCGUCAAAACCAAGACGUUUACCGGAUGCUGGACAUGCCGCCGUCGAAAGGUCAAGUGCGAUAACAGGCGGCCCCGGUGCCAGCGCUGCGGUGACGCCUGCGAGGGCUACAAUGUAGACCUCUAUUGGAUCGAGGAGGGUACCGAGAGGCCGUGUACUGUCAAGCGCAAGGCCAUGGUUGUCUCUGAUCCCCGGCUGCCCGUGCGAUGCACCACCGUCGAGCUCGAGGCGAUGCUGACGGAGCUGGACCGCCAGGUCCUGCUGGUGGGCGCCGGGGCUGCAGGCGCCUUCUCUGCGUUUCCUAUCGAAGAGAUAGAGGAGGCAGACGAUGAUGGCGAGGAGUGUUGUGAUGAGGAUGAUGAUAAUGCUUCUGGAGAGAUUCAGAGAAUGGAAAUCGACGACAAUUUUAACAACAACAACAACAGCAGCAGCAACGAUAAGAAAACAGGCCCCCUCAUCGUGAACCGUGACAUGGUGAUGCCACCGCAGCUCGCUGGCUCGCUCUCCAUGAAUCGCGAGGUUUCACAGCUGUUACACAACUAUAUCCACGUGGUGGCCGACCUGCUGCAGCCAGCCAGCCACUCGUUAAACCCGUAUCGUUCCAUCUACUUCUCCCGGGCGAUCGCCAGUUCCGCUGGCCAGCUCGUCGGUGUCCAGGGUAGUCCCGAGUCGGGGGCCACCGCGCUCUUCCAUGCUCUCCUCGCCGUCUCGGCCUUUCAUCUUCAUCGUCAGAGUGCCGGCACCGUGCCAUAUUACGAAAAACUUGGCCGGGUGCACCGUGUCCGGGCCAUCGAGAGCCUGCAAAAGGCUCUGCCAUGUGCCGAGGAGAACAUGCAGGAUGUAUACACCACCAUGUCUGCCAUGCUCUCCAUGGCCUCCAUCGAUAUCAUGGAGGGCAGCAUGACCGAAUUCUGGAUCCAUCUCGACGGCUGUGAGCGCCUGCGGUCCUUUAUGCUCAACGUCGCUGUCCCUUCAUCGGAGCACGAGCAGUUGAUGGGCAUCUGUUCCUUUAUGGGCACGCUGGCCCGCUCCACUGAUCCUCAUCUGCCCCCGAAACCUUGGACCUGGCCGCACCAGGGCCCCAUCACUAUUGAGUCUCUUCUGCAAUCGACUCCCUUCCAGCCUAGCCAUCACAGCCUUGAGUUCACCUAUGGCACCACCACCACCUUGGCCAGCUACCUACAUCUCACCAUACGGUUUGCCCAACAUAUUGCUUUCUACAUGCAGAACAACAAGAACGACAGCAACAACAAUUUCAAUUAUGAUGAUGAUAAUGACAAUAAGAUUAAUAAAAUGCCCGACGGUCUCCGCCGCGCCUGCACAGUCCUCGAGGAUGCCAUCACCAACUGGACUGUCGCGCAAGAGCCGCUCGCCUCGGUGCCCAAGGACGACUACGAGACAAACGCCCUCGUUAUCCGGCACGUCGUCGCCUUCCACGCCUCGGUCGCCAUCUACUUCCACACGCUGAUCCGCCCGUGCUCCCCACAGCGGCUACGAGCGUACAAGGACACCUGCGUCGCCAACCUGGUCGCCGCCGAGAAGCUCAAGGCGACCCCUCACGCCAGCCGCCAAUGGAACACCAUGGCGCCCAUCGUCUGGCCGGGCUUCAUCGCCGCCUGCGAGGCUGAGCCUGACGAGCGUCCACUCUGGCGUGCCUGGUGGGUCGGCGUCGCACGGUACUGCAUCGGCAGCAUCCGCACCCUCUGGACCGUCGUCCAAGAGGUGUGGGAGGAACGCGACCGCUGUAAGGGCAUGGUCGAGGUGCCUGGUUGGCGCGCCGUGUUGCAAUGGAGGGGUCGCCGAGUGAUGAGCGGGGGAUGAUGGGGGGGGGGGUGGUUGU